CUUCAGUUAGAUGCUUGUCUGAUGUUUGUUUGAAUCUCAUCUAUCAAGAUGGAGCUGUACACAACCGUUCUUGCCCUUACCGUCGUUCUCUCAACUGAUGCUAUAUUGGUUCAUGAAGAUUUCGAAAUUAUAUUAUGCUCUGAUACGGAAGGACAGGUCAUGAUGGAAUCUGAUGAAGAGGAGCUGUGGCAUGCCGACUAUAAUCAGAAGAGAGGAGUAGAAACAUUACCUGAUUUUGGAGAUCCUAUCACAUAUCAUAGUCAUUAUGAAUUUGGUGUUGGGGGAAAUACAGACUUGCAGAUAUAAUUUAGCCUUGUGUGGACUAAAUGCUUCAAGAGUCCACCCACCAGAAAAUGGUUUUGUGUGUUUCUAGAUGCACCCCAGACAUCCAUCUAUCUAAAGGAUGAUGUAGAGCUGGGUGUUCAGAACACUCUCAUCUGUCACGUGACUGGCUUCUAUCCUCCAUCUCUCAGCAUCUCAUGGACUGUGAAUAAUGCUAAUGUGACAGAGGGCAUAAGUUUAAGCCAAUACCGUCCAAGGGCAGAUGGUACCUUCAACAUCUUCUCCACUCUUAAGUUUACACCUGCUGAAGGAGACAUUUACAGCUGUACUGUGAACCACAGAGCCCUCCAGGGUCAACCUCAGACCAAAACAUGGGAUGUUGAUGUUGCUCUCCCAAGUGUUGGUCCAGCAGUGUUUUGUGGAGUGGGUCUGACUCUGGGGCUGCUGGGAGUUGCUGCUGGCACUUUCUUCCUUGUUAAAGGAAACAACUGCAACUGACUAUGGAGCCAUGGAGGCAAACUAUAAAAGAUCGCUUAAAUUAACUGCAGCUGAGCAAUUAGAAAAUAAUGCUAUUGUGCACUUGUGUGUCAUUUUACAUGACAGGUAACAAUAUUGAUGUUAAAGAUAGAUAAAUUACCUAAAUUUCUGGAUGGUUUAAAAUACUUUAAUAAAAAGAAAAAAAUGAUAGUUGAUGUUUAAAUUUCACAGAUCAGUUUGG